AUGCUUGCUCUGACCCCUCCCAUGUGCCAAUGGUGGUGGGCCGGCACGCUCGGCCUCAUCUGCGUGACGCUCAGCAUCAUUGCCAGGGCCUGCGAGGCUCUGCAAGCACCUCCAGGUUUGACAUUUGUCUUAGGUGGCAUCUGUGCUUCAGACAUGGUCUGGCUCGCCACCAACGCUGCCUUUGAAGUGUUAAGCGCGGACGUCGAGCGCUGGAGGAUUGCGCCUGGCCACAAGCACGCAAGCACCAAGGAGUCACGCGAGUAUGCCAUGAAGCAGAUACGAGCAAAGCUGGCAGGUUGGUGGUUGGACAUGUGCAUCUUCGCAGGCGUGUGGUGCACGAGCAAGCUCUCCUUCAGCUGCGAAGGGGGCCUCUUGAGUUCGGUGGCCGGAUUCCUGCUGAUGCUGUGCUUGCUCGACUUCGGCCUCUCGUCAUGGCACUGCAUCUUGCACCUGCCAGGCAUGUACAGGUAUCACAAGCUGCACCACUCCAUCAAGGUCACGCGGCCGUGGACGAACGAGGUGGAGCAUCCCGUUGAGGCCCUGGGCAACGCGGCGGUCAAGUACGGCAGCGUUGUGCUGGUGUCUCGCUGUCUCGAGCUGAGCCCCAGCGUCGCCUUUGCGUACUUCAUGUUCUCCACUUGGUAUGGGGUCAUGGUUCAUUCUGGCUACAACCUGCCACCCUUCGACUGGAUUGGGCGGGCGCCAGCAUUGUGGUUCAUCAUCACACCCAAGCACCACCAAGACCACCACAUGAACGGCGCAAAGAAUCUGGGGGCCAUCACGUCGCUCUGGUGCACGCUCUUCCAGAGAGCGCAGUCCAUGAAAUCGGCUCCCUCUGGUCGCAUGGGCGCAACCUUCAAGGCGAAUCUCCGCAACAUCAGCGACGACCAGCUCAGAAAGCUCGUCCAGGCCGUUCGCGCGCACGGGAUGAUCGUGAUCCCAAAGCAGUCCUGGAGCCUCGAGGAGCAAGAGGCCUUCACCUUGCGUUUGGGGGAGCUCACGGCAACAGUGGUUGGCCAGGCCCCGGAGUACUUUGAGGUCCAUCCCAGGAUUGUCCGGCUGUCGAACUUUCGUGCCGACGGCACCUGGAAGGGUCCAAAGUACCAAGGGGCCGAGGUUUGGCACCAAGAUGGCGACUACCUGAGGAUGUCAGAACGCCACAUCCUGACCGUGCUCUCCGCUGACAAGAUCCCGAGGCAGGGAGGUGGCACGGGCUUCGUGGAUCUGGUCGCCGCCGCUGCGGCCCUCCCACCCUCCUUGCGUUCUCAGGCUGAAGGCCUAAGCUGCUUCAGCUCGGCGCGGCGCAACGCGGAGUACAUGAAGAGAGACUUCACCGCAGAAGAUGCAGAACGAUAUCCGGACCAACGUGUGCCAGUGCUUCAUCGACACCCUCGUGACGGGCGGGAAUUGCUUCUCAUGGGUUCGGAGCUGUCAGUUUUCGAGGAUCAAGAGCACAGGCCAGAUAUGGAGACAACACAGGCACUGUUCCAACACGUCCUUUCCCCCCAGUGGAUGUAUUUUCACCAGUACAGGCCAGGGGAUGUCAUCAUCUGGGACAACGUGCAAACCCUUCACAAAGCCAUGCCCUUUGUCAACGAUGGGUCCGAUUGUCGCCUGCUGUGGCGAGCUCAGGUCGUGCGCUUCGUGGUGGCUUGGUGCUGCUUCACAGGUUGGACGCACUCCAGGCGAUUGCGCAAGGACGGGGCCACGGUGGGUGGUUUUGGGCGCAUUUCUUGGCAGCUGCUGAGACAGUCAGACGAGGAGCGUGUUGCCAAGCAGUCCAAGUUGCUUGCUAACUUUGCAGCUUCCCUCCCGGAAGCAGAACGUGCACGUGCUACCCAGAUCAUGAAUCCGGAAUCUGGCUACGAGGGCGGACGUCUGGUUUCCCGUGCUGGUCUCAAGCAGGUCAAUGUCUGCACCGUGCAUGUUCACCAUGCAGCCGCCAAGAAACCAGACGUGAUGAAGCAGGCUUUCUCCGGUUUGCUGACUCUCAUUGCCCGAGAGAAAACCAGGAUUUUAUCUGGAGAUUUUAAUCAAGCCUGUGGAAAAAUUGGUGAGGCAUUGGACGCCUUCGGCUUCAAGGAUUACCAAAUGCUCAACAAUGGCGAGUCCUCAGCUCACAUCAUGACAAUCAUUCUGAAUUAUCUUGAAGAAGUCCCGCUCCGAGGAGAAGUUCGGCGCGGACCCCUGGAAAGCUCUCGGCCUGCGCGCAAGAGAUGGGGAUGCACACUAUCCUUGGAUAGUUUUGGUGCGUCCAGGAACAAGGCCAAAGAGCGGCAGCGUCAGAAGCAACAUAAGGCAGAGCAGAGGGCUCAGCGUGAGGCUUUGCUGAGGGAGGCUACCAACGUGGGCGACAUGGAGCUCGCGUUGGCUGCAGCCCAGGAAGCGCUCGCGUCAUUUACACUCCUACGCCAUGAGCUUGUUUGUCGCUCCAUCGCUCCCUACACAUGCUUGUCCCCUGCGAAUUCACGGAUCGCUGCCCUGCACUGGCUGGACCAACGUGCCGAGCACCCCGCCCACAAGCAAGGACAGCGACGUAAGUCCUACUGGGCGUCAGAGGAGGAGGAGAAGGAAUUGGCGGCCACAGGCGAGCGCUGCGAGAAUCAGCCCGCGUCGUCGCAGGCGGAGGAUUCACAGAACGGGCAGCAAGGCUCAGGUCAGCGCCACUUGUCCCCAGUAGCUCAAAGCCAGCCCUGGGCCGCGCCCGACGCGCGCAGAGCCAUGGACUCGCAAGCCCAAGAGGCCGCAGCGAAGCGCCUCUUCAAGCGAAGGCUCCUCGUGAUCGGGGCGAUGAGGUUCGUGGACAGCAUGAACGUGACCAUGAUCAUGCCGUAUGGACUGGACUUAGUGUCGAAGUUCUUGAACCAGGAGACAGAGGCUCCCCAAGCGGGCUUAGCCUAUGCGUCGCUCAUUGGCCUGUACUCCCUCUUCGAGAUCAUCUUCUCACCCUUAUGGGGCAUCGUGGCCGACUGCAUGGGGCGCAGGCCUUGCCUCCUCAUCGGCUUGGCCGGGACGGCGGUGUGCCCCAUCCUCCUGGGCCUUGGGCAAUCCCUGACGGUGGUCUUCCUGUUCCGUGCCCUGGACGGCCUCUUCUGCGGAAACCAGGCCAUCCUGCGCACCUACUUGGGUGAGCUGGUGGACAAGACGAACGAGGCCCGGUCCUUCAGCUUCCUGGUGCUCUGCUUCGUCCUGGGCCUGAUGGCGGGCCCCUUCUUGGGUGGCCUGGCCUUCCCCGCGCGCUGGGCGCCGCGCGUCUUCAGGGGGACGCUCUUCGAGGACUACCCGGUCCUCUUGCCAAACCUGGUCUUCGGCGCCGUCACGGCGGUCGUGUGCGCCAUCGGCUUCCUCUGCCUCGAGGAGACGCUGCCCAAGAGUAAGCGCCGCACGCGGGCCCAGCAGGCCCAGGAGGCCCAAGAGGACCAGGAAGCCCCAAAGGAGGAAACCUCAGGAGCUGAUGUGGAGUUGGCAGACUUGGCAAAGAAGGGGUCCAAGUGCUAUCCGUGGACCGUCCUCCAGGCAAUGCUCAUGUUCUGUGGGCUUGCCGGUGCGGUGGAAGCGCAGAACACCUUGUUCAUUCUGCUCUGGCAAUACCCGGAAUCUUCGGGCGGUUUCGGGUUCAGCCCCCAGCAAGUCGCCAUCGUCCAAGUCACUGGCGCCCUCGGCCCCAUCGCAUGUUACCUGACCUUCUUCCAGAAGCUACUCAAGCUGGGCUCCCUGAACGUCCUCGUGCUCGGGUUCCUGCUCAACAGCCUCUCCUUCGGCCUCUACCCGGUCUACGGCCUCUUUGCGGACUCGGUGAAGUACGGCCUUUGGAGAUACGUGGCCUUGGGCCUCGCCGACUUCGUGGCCGGGAUCGGGACGUUCCUGAUGUUCUCGGCGGUUUUCGUCUUCCUGAACCGCUCCCUAGAGGGCCAGAACCGCGCCACGGUCAACGGCUGGGCGAAUUCGGGCCGUGCACUGAGCCGCGCCGUCUCGCCCAUCGUCGCCUCGCAGCUGCUGCAGGCAUGCGCAGAGUUUGGGCCACUUGGCCGGUACAUUCCCUUCUACAUCAUGACAGCGAGUUUAGGCGCGUGCUUCGCCAUCUCAUGGUCUGGGCUGCAGAAGCUGAGCCACAAGUAA